AAUACCUCACGACCAGAAUUGGAAGGCGAUCCCUUCCAACACCACUUGUAGGGUUUCUGCUACCGCUCCAUCCGCCAUUCUUUGCUUCGAAUCCUCCCCCCGCAACUUCGCCAAGCGCGGGAGCUUUCGACAGAAUCAAUCAAUCUGCGAUUCUCAGCUACAAGACAAGAGAAUGGAAGAGUUAGCAUUGAGUGAUCCUGUUGCGGAGGCUGCUGGAGAAGCCAAUUGGCUGCCGAAAAUAGAUAUGGAAUUCAAGACGGAUGAGGACGCAUAUCAAUUUUACAACAAUUACGCUAAGAUAUCAGGAUUCAGCGUUCGGAAAGCUUGGAUUAAUCGCCGUGCUUCAGGAGUUGUUAUAUCGAGGACGUACGUCUGCUACAAAGAAGGUUUUCAAGGGAACAAGAGAGAUGACAGCGAUGUGAAGAAACCCAGGCAAAAUGAGCGAACUGGUUGCCUUGCUCAUUUGACUAUCAAACUUACUGAUAGAGGGAGCUACAGGAUUAGUGAGUUCCACCCAAUGCACAAUCAUGAGCUUGUAGCACCUACUAUAUCUCACACGUUAAAGUCCCACAGAGCUCCAAAAAAGUCACGUUCUGCAGUUACCGGAGUGAUGGCAUCGCAGAAGGCGAAGAUCGAAUAUUUGGUCAGGCAAGCUGGAGGAUACAAAAAAGUCACAUUUUUCUCCAUCGAAGAUGCUGCUAACAAGAGUUGGGCACCAAAAGUCGACAUGGAGUUUGAGAAUGAUGAGAAGGCUUAUCAAUUCUAUAAUGACUAUGCCAAAAGAAUUGGAUUUGAUGUAAGAAAGGCUUGGAUUAACCGUAAAUCUUCAGGUGUGAUCAUAUCCAGGACAUAUGUUUGCUAUAAACAAGGAUUUCAUGGGAACAAGAAGAAUGGGAAUCAGGUGCAACAACAUCGCAUGCGAUCUAGCGAGAGAACAGGUUGUCAUGCUCGUAUGACCAUCAAACUUGCUAAGAAUGGUCGAUAUCGGGUGAGUGAAUUUCACCCAUACCACAACCAUGAGUUGGUAAAUGCACGAACAGCUCACACUUUAAAAUCACACAGAACUGUUAAUAGGGUUCAGUGUACUGAAGCAGCAGAGGACUCCAAAAUGGAACCAAAAGUUAAAGAUGAGUGCUUGAAUCAACUAAUUGUCAGUGAACAGAGCAAUCUUCCUUCUUCCCUCUGUCGGAAUUACUUACAUGCUAAGCGUAAGGUUGUUCCAAAGGUAGGAGAUGUAGGAGCCAUGUUGCAGUACAUGCAACAAAGACAAGUUGAUGAUCCAGCAUUUUAUUAUUCCAUACAGCUUGAUAAAGAAGAUCAGCUAACAUGUUUUUUCUGGAGGGAUGGGAGAUCUGCUGUUGAUUAUCAAUACUUUGGUGAUGUAGUCUGUUUUGAUACAUCAUAUAAGAUAGAUAAUUACGGGAGACCCAUGUCAAUAUUCUAUGGUGUGAAUCAUCAUAAGCAACUUGUUGUUUUUGGUGCAGCAUUGGUUUAUGAUGAUACUGAAGAAUCUUUCAAAUGGUUGUUUGAGAAUUUCAAGAGUGCUAUGAAUGAAAUGGUUCCGAGUGUGGUCCUGACAGAUCAAGAUGUUGCAAUUACUAAAGCUCUUGAUCUAGUUUGGCCUGGUACACAACACCUAACAUGUGUAUGGCAUGUGUACCAAAAUGCAACAAAAUACCUGGCUCAGGUUUUUCAAGGUUCGAGGACAUUUGCAUCUGAUUUUCGCAAAUGUCUCUAUGAUUGUGAGGAUGUUCAAGAGUUUGUCUCAGAAUGGAUAAAGAUGCUGGAAAAGUAUGAGCUCAAAGAUAAUGUAUGGCUGAAGAAAUUAUUUGAUGAUAGGGACAAUUGGUCAGUGGCAUGUCGACGAGAUAUGUUCUGUGCAGACAUGAGUAGCAUUCAAUGUGUGGAAAGCUUGAAUGCCAUGCUAAAGGAACACCUGAGACUAGAAAAUGAUCUCACACAAUUCCUUGAACAAUAUGAAAGAAUGUUAUAUGAGCGAAGAUAUGCAGAAUUAACAGCUGACUAUCAUGCUAUUGAGAGUAACUCGAUAGUAGCUUCUUCAAGAAUGUUGAGACAAGCUGCAAAUAUAUAUACACCAGCAGUCUUUGACAUGUUUCAAAAGGAGUUUGAGUUGUCUUUUGAUUGCAUGGUAUAUAAUUCUGGUAUGGUAGAGACAACCUAUGAAUACAAGGUUACAUCAGAGGGAAGCCUGAAGGUUCAUUUGGUAAGAUUUAACCCUCUUGAUAGCACACUGUCAUGCAGUUGUAAAAAAUUUGAGUUUGUGGGCAUCCAAUGUCGUCAUGUGAUGAAAGCACUUGAUGUUACAAAUAUCAAAGAGCUUCCACCAAAAUAUUUCUUAAAGAGGUGGAGGAAAGAUGCCAAAGUUGUCUCCUUGAGAGACUUGCGUGGGCUUGCCACUUAUAAUGAACUUAAGUCAGCCAAAGUCAAACGCUUCAGAUCCCUGUGUCAUAUUUUUGGUGUAGUUGCAACAAAGGCUUCUGAGACCAUCGAGGGAUACAGAUUUAUUGAAAACCAAUCAGAUCAGUUGUUGGCCAAUGUGUAUGCAAUUUUACAAACAAGACCAGAAGAACCACAAUUUGGUGAAAUAUAAUUGUUUUUGCUCAUGCACAAUUUGAGCUUCAUGUUUAAAAUUCUUAACUCGGUAGAUAUAUUUACUUCAACUAACGCAGAUAUCUUCAGAGUUGGCCAGGUAUUUAUUUUUUCCAGAAGCUUUUUCUAAAUCAUUUAUAUUGAGGUAACCUGUGAGUAUGCUUGCUAACAGUCCUUGGGACACUUCUCCCUUACCAUGGAGGUGUGUGCACCCAAGCAGGAUAGUAUAAUGAGGGUUUGAUCCCCAUUUAUGGCUUCAAUGUAUGAAUUUUAGUGUUGUAAUCUUAGUUAUAUGUCACCUUUUUUUACUUCUCAUGGAUAUAACAAUUUUACUCGUGUCUUUAAACUACCAGUUGAAUAUUCACGAGACUCUAGUUCUAAGGGAUACCUUCAACACCUUCAGAUAUCGUCUAUUUACUUUAUCUACUACCCUCACUGAUUCCAGUUAUAUUUUAGAAUUCAAAGCUGUUGUGAUUCUCUAUGAAGCAAUAUAUUAUCCCGUUUGGUUUGAUGCAUCUAAAAGCUGAUUUACGUGCAGGAAAGAUGAAUUGUCUUUCACGGUAGCAGUUAGUUCCUUAAUCAACCUGAACUUGUGAUCAAUAACUUGGCAUACCCCUCAUUGAAUUAUGUCCAUUUCAUAUGCGUUGCGAUCCUGGCCUGAUACAAAUGCUUGUUUCAUUUGAUGUGUUGAUGUAAUCUAAGCUCACAAUCUUACUGGAUUUUGCAGCCUAACAUUUUGCUCUCUCAGCAUUAAGCUGUUGCACGUCUCUACAAUAUGGACUGGGUGUCUAGGAAUUAGUAUCUUUUAACUAGUUCCACAUUUCUGUGGAUGCCAGAGGUAUAAUAAUACAUGUUUUUUUUCUGGAUUCUUGACAAUUUGUCCCAAUUCUGAAAGUCUAUAAAAUCAAGCUUUGUUCAGAUGUUACAGUAUUUUUCUUCCCCACGAGCAUAGGUACUCGGGUGGUAGAUUACCAUAAGAGAGCAGGGAUUGAAUCUUCGGAAGAAUGAUUUCUUGGGAAAUAAAAUCUCUCCCAUCUAAAGAGACACCGCUUAUCUCCCUUCCAAAUCUCCCUUCCAAAUGCCUUAAGUGGAUGUGGAGGGGCGGUGAUGAGCGCAUCAUCUUUUAGCCACAAGUAUUUAAUAUUAUUCUCUCCUAUCAAAAAUGUCUUCUUGAUCAAUCUCUCUAAUUACUUGUUCUAUCAAAAUUCAGAAGUGGAUUCUUGAUUACAAAGCAUGACGUUGGAACAGGAAUUUGACUGGGAUGUGACAUGCUUCAAUCUCAACAUUGAGUUAUCACCAGCCUGAUGCAAUAAA